GUUCAUAAUAAACAUUCAAAACAAAACUUUCCAUACAAAAUAACGUUUUGAUAGCAAUCGUAAAGUUGUCUAUACAUUUGACCAAUAUAUACAUAACUGACUUGUAUAUAAGUAAAUUAAUGAAUACAUAUCGUACCCAUUACCUACACUCAUGCAUGCGUCAAUGUACAUACAUAUACACACACUCUCACACGCUUCCACGAACGUCUGUUGAUUGAUGGACAGUUUACCUAGCCGCACACAGAAAUAAACGCAAAAGCAAAGUAACGCACACAUACACACAAACAUGCUGACACACAGACACGAAACUAAUCAAUCAAUCAAUCGACAACAAGCAGCGCUCACAGAGUCACACAUCCACCGUCAUCGUCGUCGUCAGUCUGUGAUUGGUGUUGCCACGAGGAGGUUGUCCAAGUAUGUGCAUAUUGUACAUUUAUUUAAUACGCAUUUAAUAAGCUAAAAAUUUGCGCAAAACCUGUAACUCUGUUAACUUACAGAGCUCUGUUAACGCACAUAUAACGCGAAGUUGGCCGCACAAAAUGUCAGGGCUGCUAGAUCGAUUUAUUGCUAAUAAGCGACAAUUCUGGCGCGAGUUUUUGAAACUCUAUCAAGACAUGCCAGAACUGUGGGACGUUCAUCAUCCGGAUUAUAGGAACAAGGAAUUAAGAAACGGAUCAUACGAUAUUUUACACAAUAAACUAAGAGAGAUUCAACCGACUGCAACUAAAAGCGAUGUCGGGCGUCGCAUAAACAUUUUUCGUACAAACUAUAGACGCGAACAGAUGCGGAUUUGGAAGCAACAAGAGUUGGGACUGCAUGCGGACUUGUGCAAGCCCACACUAUGGUUCUACGACAAUAUGAGUUUUCUGCUGACGCAGGAGUCCUUUCAGCGCAGAGCACGCAAGAUGCGUUGCAAGCCCUAUAAUAAACCUCAACCAGCGUUAGAUUUAAAAUAUAAUUACAUGAUGGAUCCAUUGGACACUGGUGCAAUGAAUUCAUUACCCAAGUUACCCACCAAUGCAUCCUCUGAACCUCCACCAACCGAGUUCAGUGAGAGCUUGCUGCUCAGCCCUAAGAUUGAAAUAUUUGAAAAUGAUUUGGAUACCAUGCAGGCCGAGACUACGGAAUCGAAUGAUGUUGGCAAAACGGAUAAUGUCGAGACAAGCGCUUCAGAUCUUAACGAGCCAUCAUGUUCCACAUCAACCACAUUGACUGUUUUAAAGGGUUCUGCAUCGCAGAAGUCAAACAUUUCGUUAAGCGAAUCCUCCGAGACGUUGGCCAAAUCUUGGGCCAUCCAAUACGAAGAGAUGGCCCCCACCCAGCGCAUCCUGGCGCGCAAGGCAAUCGCCGACAUACUAUUCGAGGGCUGCAUGGGCAAUCUGCGCAUCAAUCGCAACGAGCGAUCCACUGUGGAUAACUACUUGUGAACAUGGACAGGCCGAGACAUACUGUUAGUUAAGCUUCUUACUGUAAGAGAGCGUCAGGUCUAUAUUUGAAUCUUGCCCAUCAACAAGAUUUAUGGAUAUCGUCGCAUUUCCGCGAAAUGAUCGUAUGUUUAUUUGCCAAAUAUUACAACUGAAUUCGCUCUAGUUUCGAAAACAAAAAAUAAAUCAAUUUCAAUUUAAGCGUAUGUAUACUAACAUACCAUAACAAAAUUAGAAGAACAACUUCUGUAAAGUUACAUUUUUCGACAAAAGAUCAUUUCGGUGGAAUGCGACGAUAUAUGUAUAUCAUAUGUAUCUAGAAAUUCGCUAAGCCAAAGAACUUAUUUGAGCUGUCAUCAACUAUGUUUCAGAUGUCACUUCCUACAAUUUUCUAAACACUAAUAAAAAGCGAGUUGUAAAAUCUUAA